AUGGAGUCAUUUUAUGAAGUGGUGAGUCUUUAUUAUGUUGUUAACUGGUAUUUAAUUUGUAUACAAAUGAUCAGUGAUUUGCGGCUUCGAUCGCAGCUGUUUAUGUAUUGGAAUGAACUCGAAUUCCUAUAACAUCGAUCUUUUUAUUUUCCAGGGAUCUCGAGUAUGGCUUCUUGAGGGAAAAGAUUGGGUCCCCGCCACAGUGACAGAGUCUAAAGGAGCGGAAGUUACCUUUCGUACAGAAUAUGAUAAGGUAAAGAAAUCAAAAGUCUCGUCAAAUUGUCACCCUGUCUUUGCAAAUUUAAUGGCAUUAAGCGCGGCAUUGAAUGCUAUAACUUGCAGGGGAUAAAAUUCAAAACAAACAAUUAAACAAGUUUGAGGAUUCUUACCGUGAAUUCUCGAAUGUGGUUUGUUUAAUUAUUGUUGAUAAUUAGGCAUGAAAUCUUUAGUUUACUUUGCAUACCGUAUUUCAUUUUGCACCGGCCCUGUCAGGUUUGCCGAAAAUACAAUGAACGUCACCGUAAGCUAAAGAGGAUUAAAAUAACUAUCUCAGGUUGAAUUUUAUAUUAUUGAAUCUAUUCCUUGCAUUUCUCUUCUUCUUUUCUUUUCUUUCUACAAAAAAUCCGAUUGUCGAUUAAUACAAUAAAUUUCUUUUUGACAUUUUUUGGCCAUUAGUAAACACAUACUUAUGUAAAAUAUAAGCUCAUGUGUGAUGAGUAUCCGGCGGAAUAUAUAUAUACCUCGAAAGACUAACUCGACAUAUAUCGAGCCCUAAACUAGGAUAUGUAAUAGACAUGUAGGGUGCCCUGACAAAUUGACCAAAGGAGAUUUUUCGGCUUAGAACAAUACUGGCUUUAGGUCACCUUUGUCCUUUUACAAAAAUGGUAAUUUUAUACUGACUGAGUAAGGUAAUUUUAAUACGUUGUGAUUCAAUUUAACCUUGGUUCACAUUUUAUUUUCCUUUGUGUCAACGUUAUAUAUUACCAUACCCUCAAAACAAAGAAAAAUAAAAUUUAAACCAAGAAUAAAUUGAACUGCAACACUGGUGCUGAUCUAGCGGAUGCUAAAAAGUCUGUAAUUUAUUUUUGGCAGGGAUCUAGUUACUGUCUGUACUUCCAGGGUAUUUGUUGUUGUGACUUGUCAGGAAGCAAGAGUUGACUGUAUUUUCUUUCUAAACACACAAUACUAUUGUUGCAGUCAUGCCAGGUCAAACCUACUAAAUGUACAACCUGUAUCCUGAUAGAUUAAAUUAUCCAUAAAUUAUUUAUUGAUGAAAAGUAAAACUGUUAGUCCUCGCCACAACUAUAAUCAGAUUAUCUGUAUCUGUGCAUACAUAAUGAGUGGUGAAUUUUAGACUAAAACUUCAUGUUAUUUAGUUAGAUGGAAAGAUCUCACAGGAAAAAAUAACAGAUUCCCAUUUUUGGAUAUUUUUGGGUAUUUAAAGAAUACCCAUAAAAAUCCCAAAUUUGGCAAAGUGAGACAAGUCCCAACCAGGGAAUUCCCAACUAAGUUCCCUGAUUGGGACUUGUCUCACUCUUCCAAAUUUGGGAUUUUUGUGGGUAUUCUUUAAAUACCCUAAAAUAUCCAAAAAUGGGAAUCUGUUAUUUUUUCCAGUGUCUUGGAAUCGAUAAGGUUGGCACUACAAAGAUGUAAAUUCACUGCCUAUUAUGCAUGCCCAUGCAGAAAUGCAGGGGUGAACCAGGCAUCUAUUACAGUCAACAGAUUCAACUUCCAAAUAAUCAAUUUGUUAAUUGAAUCUUAGAAGUAUUCUUGACCUGGCUUCACUGAAGAAGUGAAUUAUUUUGCAGCACAAAUACAAGAAGAUCAUGGGGGAAGGGGGUGUAGAUAACCUGCGCCACAGAUGAAACUAAACUCUGGUUAAGUCCUCGCUGCGAAACAGUGCUGAAAUCCUUGUUCUAGGCCCCAGCCUGUGUACCAGGAUUUGACUAUGCGUCAUGGUUGGCCUAUUAAAAAAUCCAUUGUCAAUUUGCCAAUCAGAAUGAAAGGAAAUUUGAAACGCAUUUCCGGUAAUUUGUUGAGUCUGUUGAAGUCCCAAAACAAGGAUCUUGGUGCUGCUUCACAGAUGUUACUGAUGGUGGUUAAAUUAUGUCUGUGACACAGCCUAGGGGGAUGAAAUAAGAUGACAGUGACUUAAGUGACCCUGACCUUAUUUUUUCCUUCCAUGAACUCUUUUAGAGACAACUAGACAGCACCAUCAGUAAAAUAUUUUCAGUUGUGGGCAGUGUAAAAGUUCUUCAGUCCAGUAAAUGUAGAAUAAUAGUGAGUUUACGCAACAGGAUGGCAGAAAGAAGAGGACAGCAAAUUCCUUGAGUGUGACAAACGUGACAGGGCUACAACUUGCGUGUUUUGUCGGGAAUUCACUUAACACUGAUGUUUUUUACUCUUCUACAAAAAGAUCUGUUUAAAGGAAUGUGAAGUUUGGUGAAAGGUUUUUUCAAACAAAAUUUUUGUCAGCUUGUCACGCUAAGUUUGCCUUCGACCUUUCUCUCCGUCCAGUUGCGUAGAUAAGUUAGUGGAAUCAGUUGACAGGGUAGGAAAAUCUAUCAAGUUAGUAUUUAAACGACCUUCAUUUUUUGAAAAGAUACACUCUGUGGCUAUAUCAUUCUACUUUACUAAGUGGUACACAAAAAUUCCAUGAGGACUUCCUGUUUUAGCGAUUUAUCCUUUAAGAAUAGUUGCUAAAGGGGUACCAUUUUUCAAUGGAAGGUAAAUGAAAGGGGUUUCCUCUUCUGUCAAAAAUGGUAUAAAAUAGGGUAAGGGGUUGGCCUGCAGGGUGAAGCCUCCCUGUAUAAAACUUUGUUGAGACUAACCCCUAGGGGUUCCUCCGCAAAAUGACAUCUGAGGAGACUGACUGCAGAAAUUUCAUAAACAAAUUUUCAACCAAUCAGAAGCACUACCCAGAUUUGGUAGUCAUGCCAUCAGUACGGAAUUUCUGCUCCAAUGUUCUUCCUUAGCCAGAGCCACAGACAGAGGUAAACUUCUGGUUAAGUCUGUUUGCAAAACAGCGUAGAACUCCUUGUUCUGGUCUUCCAACUGUGUACCAGGAUUGGAAUACGCACCAUGAUUGGUCUGUUAAAAAUGCCAUUGUUGAUUUGCUAGUCAGGUUGAAGGGAAAUAUAAAAGGCAUUUCCGGCAAUUUGUUAAGUCCAUUAUGGGGGAACAAGGCUAUCGGCCCUGCUUUGCAGACUUUACUAACUGGGUUUAGAUUACAUGUACGUCUGCCACGCAGGUUACUUGUUCCUCAGACAUCACAUUGAGUGGUGGCAUCGUAACAUGGUGGCUGUUAUCUCAGGCUACAAUUGACACUGCUAGAAGUCCUCAGAGUUACUAAUUGUUACAAACAUUUAUUUGGUGGGGGGGGGGGGGGGCAUGUUUGUGCCCCCCCCCCUUGUCUGCAAAAAUUUAGUGACUUUUUGGAGCUAUACAUUUGAUUUUUUUUAGCAUACCCCUCAACUCUUUAGGCUAAAUAUUGAACAAUUUAUGGAAGUUAAACUCUAUAUUUGCCAUUAUACAGACCUACAGCAUUGCCAAAGACUCUCUUAACAGACAGAAAGUCACUACGAUGCAUCAAACAAGUGUGGAUGGAGUGGAUGAUAUGGCUAACUUAGGUGAUCUUCAUGAUGCCGCCAUUCUUCAUAAUCUUCAUCUCAGAUACAAAAAUGACAAGAUAUAUGUAAGUCACUCUUAGUAAGCUGUGAUUUAAUAUUUAUUCUUAUUUAUCAGAAAAGUUGUCCUUUUUUUUAGGUUGAUCAUUUUAACCGGGCUUCAACUGUUAGAGUCUGGUUGAAAUUUUUAUGGAGUUCCCAUUUAUUGGAAUUCUUUUCAGCAGUUUUUUGCAUAAGUUACUAGUGUGGGAAAUCAGCUGAGAUUUCAUAAUCGAUCAUCAGAAAUCAUUUUUGGAUUGACCCACCAGACUGAUCAUUGAUUAUAAUAAAUAUUAGAAAAAUCUCUUUUUCCUCUUCCUUUUAUUUUUCACCUUUGUGAAAGUCAAAGUGCAUGUGAUGUAAACUUAGAGCAUCCGAUGUAGAAUGUGGAGGGUUGUGAGCUUGAUUCUCACCUAGAGUUCAGAAUUUUUUCUGCGCUUUCUUCUUGAGCUGACAAGACCAUCACAGAGGGGUACAUUAGUCUGCCAGCUGAGCUAUAAUGCGGCCUAUUAUAUAGUUUAAAAGUUUCAGGUCUGAAAUAAGUAUCCCUCUUCCCCCAAAAGUCAAGUUAUCAUCCCAUUGCAGGAGGGAGCAGACACACAACAUCCUCUUGGUUAAGCAUCAGCCAUAUCAUUUUGUCUUUUUUCGAGACAUACAUGCCACUCAGACAACACACAAGUUUUCAAUAAUGUUUAUUUGCCAACAAAAGAUUUUAUUUUUUCUGCAAUGAUUAGUUUAUCAUUUUUCAUAAUUGAUUAUCAUGUCUCAUAAUGAUUUCUGAUCAAUGAUCAAUUAUUAUAAUCGAUGAUAGGUGUACACUUAACCUCUUAAUAUUUGUUUCUAAGGAUUUUGCCAAUGAAAUUUAGAAAGUUUUGUUAAAUUUUGUCUUUGGCUACUUCUGGAAGUGAAAGAGUUUACAGAUCAUUAUAUGUUUCUGGGAAACUGCCCACCUACUCCUCCCCUAAGCCAGCAUUUUGCCCUAAGCGAGAAGCAAGUGUUAAUGUUGACUUAGGAGCGGGCUAGGUGGGCAGUUUCCCAGAAGCGUUUAAUGAUCGAGGUUAACAAGGUUUUCAAAUGCAGAGUGUGGCCUCGUAUAAAUGGGGUGAAUAUAAAGUGGGAGUUAUAAUUUUUCGACUAUAACGUGGAAGGAAGGCAAAUUUCAACCAGUUUGUAAUUUCAGCUGAUUGUCUUUCUUUUCUUGCAUUCAGACUUACAUUGGGUCAAUCCUGUGUGCAGUAAAUCCAUAUUACGUAGUUGAAGGUCUUUAUGAUGUAUCAGUCAUGAAUUCAUACAGAGAGAAGCACAUCGGUGAACUUCCACCCCAUAUCUUUGCCAUUGCAAAUGAGUGCUAUUACUCAAUGUGGAAGAAAGGAGAAAGUCAAUGUGUACUUAUAAGGUAUGUCGUGUGCUGAUAGCAUAUAUGCCAACUCUCUCGGAUUAUCUGGAAGUCUCCCGGAUACGACACCAAUCUCCCAGUCUCCAGUACAGGUCAUUUGGAAUUUAUCUCCCAAAAUAUUUUCGGAAUAGUUUCUGUUUGGGGGAUCCAUAUUCAUAUUUUCUCAGAAUUGUGCCGGGCAAAAGCCUGAUGGAGAGGGUCUCCAGUUGUUGAUAUUUUAGUAAUUUUUGAGAGUCUCCAGAUUUUAGUUUUUGAGAGGCUGACAUCUCUGUGAUAGCUUGUGAAUAGACCAUGACAUGUAGGGUCCUAUUUUUCCUUGUUGUGCACUCUGGGGCUCACUUUCAAAUGUACCUGGGUGGUGGGUGUUAUUAAAGCCAAGCAUGUCCCUAGCUACAUACUAUGAACUGUUGUUUCAAUUGGGCUUUUAUGCCAUGGCUGCAUUGACUGUUUUAUAGUGUAUUUUUUCUGUCAUUUUUUUAAUAAAAUAAUUUUUGAAAUUGGGAAAUUUUUUUAUUCUUUUAUGAAAUUUUGUGGGACAAAAUUAGUUAAUUAUAAGGUGACCAUAAUGUUGGGGGGUUCUACCAUUUAGUUUUUUUGUUUUUUUUUGUAGUGGAGAAUCAGGUGCAGGGAAAACAGAGUCCACAAAAUUUAUUUUGAAGUAUUUAUCAGAUGUAAGCCGAGGAACAGGUGAAACGGAAAACAUGCCAAAAGUUGAGGAUGCUAUCAUUCAGAGCAGGUACGAACUAUUGGCAUUAUAAUAUUGUAAAUUAGGGGUACAGCACUGGUGUCUUCCCUUUCUACGAAGUGUUAACAAUGGGCUGCUUAUAAUUAAUGGAGUUGGGUUCCUGGGAUGUCCAAGGGUUUUCACUUAUGGCAAAGCCAUCUCCUAGAUGGUAAGAGGUAUGACCCCAUGGCUGGUAAACCUGUGCCUUCCAGCCAUGAGCCCUGAUGCCAACAGACCCAAGCACUUGUCACACUGAUUGAUCAGUGGAAAAGUAAAAGGGAGGGUGUGGGUAAAUACAUGAUCCAAAGGCUAAAUGAAGCGAAUGACUGCCAGGAUUUAUGGUGUGCUGCAUGAGCACAUGGAGUUGAUGCAAGCAUUGCUGGCUGCUUCAGCUACUAGAUCUGACUGCUGACUGCCAACAAGAAAUGGUGCUCCUUGUUGUUAACUGUGUUAAAUUUUAUUUAACUUCAUAAAAUACAGCCCAAAAUGAGCUAAGAACUUUUGACAAUUUGUGAGCUUCAUUGAGAACAAACAAUAAAUUGAACUCACAUUCUGGAAACAAAGCAACAAAGGAGCUUCACGUGGUAGUCCUUCACGUGAUCACGUGGUAGUCCUAGAAGUAUUGGGAAGGACAGUGAGGUGGGGGCUGGCCGGGAGAAUAGGGGGCGGGAAGGGUACCUGAGAUGGCAGAGGAAAGGUUGGGAGGUGGUCCGAGUUCUAAAAGGGUGGGUGGGAAAUGGGAGAAAUAGGGGGAAUUGUGGAAGAAUGCAUUCAUAGAGCCAUUUUUUCCAAACAUGAUACCCUAUUAUCACCAUUAUUUUUCUUAGUUACAUGUAUAGUGGUUCAUAGACACUUUGAUUUGUUUAGCCCCAUCAUGGAAGCAUUUGGUAAUGCAAAAACUGUUUACAACAACAACUCAAGCAGAUUUGGGAAGUUUAUUCACCUCAAAUUCAACUCCAAAGGACGAAUGGAUGGAGGUUCAAUUCAGGACUGUAUCCUCUUUUUAACAAUGUUUAUAAUAUUGGUAGUCAGUUCUUUGUUUGCAUGAUGAGGAGUUUGAAACACACAAAAGUCAAAAUUUAGCCAUUAUGGCAAAGAACAAGUCCAACCACAAUAUACAUUGAGGAAUGCUCACACAGGACGACCAACAUAGCUUUGCAUAAUAUGCAGGUUACUCAAUGUCACCCAAGGUAUUGUAUAAAAGGAAGGAGGCUCUAUCGUUUGCACAUCUGUGCAAAAGUUUGAUUGUAGCACUUUUAUCAGUUUGUUGCUUACUGUGAUAAAUGUUCUUUAUGGCAAGUUCACUGUCCACUUGAUCAUAAAAUAUCAGACAAAAACCCGCACUUAUGUUACUCAAAAAUAUAUGUUACAACCUUGACUGGAUAACCUGACUUGUGUCUUCAAACAAAACAGUUUUACUGGAGAAGGUAAACUGAAAUUCUUGUACUGUAUUUUAUUGUGUAGUUAUCUGAGGGUAAUAUUCACUUAUGCUUACCUCACUACCACAUGAAUUUAUUUGAAAAAUUAAUUAUAAGUUAUGGAUGUAAACUUUAAUGGGAAUCAUCGUACAUAACAGUAAUUUAUUAUUCAUUGGGUGAAAACAUGAUGGUAAUAUCUACAUGUAGCAUGAAGUUUUGUGAAAGUGAACUAUUUUUGCUCUUUCUGGAAGUUUAAAUUAGUUUCAAUCUGAAUUUGAAUGUAAUUCCAAUGUGUAGCCAUUCCAAAUGCUCAGGAAUUGAUCCCUCUCUGCUUAUCAAUGGUUAUACGUAAUAUAGGACACUGUUUCAUGGGAUGUUUUUUAUCCUGCUUUAAUCUUUUGAAUUGGGCUGGACUGAACUGGCAAUUUCAAUUUUCUUUUUCAGAAUCGGGUUGUGAGACAAAAUCCAGGGGAAAGAAACUAUCACAUUUUUUAUUCUCUUUUGGCGGGCGCUUCUGAAGAUCAAAGAAGUGAGUAUCUUGACUUGGAGCAGUAAAUUUUUCAUUGCAAGUAUUGUGGCAACAUCAAUACCAAUAUUCUAAUUUGAUUAGAAAUGGUAGACAAGGAACCACUGUGUUUCUGUAUGUGGUGGUCAUGUUGGUAUUCACUUAACAGCAGAAGAUUGAUUGAGGUCUAGUCAAUUCUGUCCUUUCCUGGAGCAGGCAUGCUGUUGGCUGAGGGGACUGAUUUGAGACUGGCAGGUUCUUCUGCAGCAGCUAUAGAGGAAUGUCUGGUCCAAAGUGAAUACAACCUAUUCAAGGUUUUUCUGCCUUAGCCUCCUUUCCUCCAGAGUGGCUUGGCGGUUAGCAUCAAAAAGCUGGUGGCAUGGUGGAUGGUUAUGAGCCAAGCAUUUCUGUAGACAGCCUUAGCAAUCCAAUGCUUGGCAUCAUAAAUAAAUGCUGCAGGCAUUGGGUUUUUUAGCAUAUCUCUGUGGCACUUCUUUGGUGCACUAAUGAGAAUGUGCUAUCUCAACAUCCUCAUAAUUUAUUGUUUUACUGGCUUGUACCCAGUACUCAUUAUGUCAACGUCUGUCUAAGUUCCCAAGUCCAUUUAUAUUGUUCCUGUAACGCACAUGUUAAUGCACAACCUUUGUAGCAAAGGUACCAGGUUUGAUUCCAGCAAUUGCCCAUUUCUUCUUGACAGAUUUAAAUAGAUAAAUAUAUUUUUUCUUCUAAGACCGAUAAUUAAAUGUUAUAAAAGUACAUUAAUUAUUUCUUCUGUUUUGUGUAUAGAUCUAUUCCUCCUGAAUGCACCAGAAAAAUAUCACUACCUUAAGCAGAGCGGUUGCUAUGGAGAUCCAUCAAUCAAUGACAAGGAGGAUUUCAACAAUGUUUUGGUAUGUUGAACAAUUCAGCAUUAUUGCAAUACAUUUUAACAGUACAUACUUCAAUCAAUUUUUUAACUUUUUGAAAAAAUUGUCUGCAGUACAAGUGCAUUAGGGAGCAAGAUGGUUCCUAAACUGAUUUUAAUUUUUUUUCUCAGAAUGCCAUGAAAGUUAUGUGCCUCACCGAUGAAGAGAUUUCCGAUGUCCUGCAGGUUAUUUCUGGAGUCCUUCAGCUUGGAAACGUUCAUUUUAUGGCUGCAGGGGGUGCUCAGAUUGCUGAGAAAAGUGGUAUGUUAAUGUUGCAGUUAAUUGUUUAUUGCAGUUAAUUUUUGUUUUUCCUUUAUUUUAAAUUUAUUAACAUACAUUACCAUACCUAAAAAACGAUGGGAAAAUAAAUAUUAACUGAAAUAAUAAAUUAACUGUGACAUUAACGUCAUUUCUCUUCACUAAAAUGUUGUGUUGAUUUUUUGCCAACACUGGUCCCAACCACGCAUGAUAGACCUUCAAAUAAAGGGGGUGGGGGAGGGGCAGUCCAAGGGCUGGUCAGGGUAAAAUUCCAACAAGCUAAAUGGCCUUGAAACAGGGACAUAAGACAGCAGAAAUGGCGACAAACGACACAAUAAGAUAGGUUGAAACUCCAACAGCGACAGAAAAAAACGCAAGUACAAUAGUAAAAUACGAACAAAGACAUGGUUACCUCCUCAGUAUUCAUGAAAGUACAGGCUUUGAAAUUCAGACUAGGGACAUACAUAGCUCCACCAAGAGGGCCUCACAGCCCUUCAUUUGUUCAAUUAAGGCUGCAAAAUAUGUUCUUUCCAGUUGAUGACCAUUUUUUUUUUGCUGUCUGUCUAAUGCAUCUCCUUUUUCAACAGUCUUGGAGAAUGUUGCAAACCUUUUACGUGUGGAUAUUUAUGAGCUGAGUGAUGCUUUAACACAGAAGUCAAUGAUUCUACGAGGAGAAGAAAUACUGUCACCUUUGUCUGUAGAACAGGUGUGAAAUUAUAAACAAUAUAUUGGAGGUUUUUGUGAUAUCCAGAAUAAACAAGGUCAAGGUAAUAAGUGUUAAAGGACAAGGCUGAUAACACUUACCAAGAACUUGAUUAUUCCAGAUAUCACAAAAACGAAUCUAACAAUAAUUUCUGUUUAUUGUACAUUGUACUGAAGAAAAUAGCAACAGAACAGAGUUGCUCAGAACACUGACAUUGCUCUUGGAAAUCAUGCGUUGAGCACAUAAGCUAUAGAUACUUGACAUUUAUCUACUAGCAGAUAACUGCCUAAUCUGUUGGUUGUACUGAUUUUCAAAAUUAACUGUAGGCUCUUAGCCAAUGAGGAGACAGAUAGUGAGCACAAUGCAUGAUAAUGUGAGAGAUUUUAUGUAGAAUUUCCUUUACUGUUACUCGUAUUUGCCUUGUUUAUGUACUUAUGAAAUAAUUGUCCAUUAAAUUUUUAACUUGCUGAAAAAAACUUCUCUUCUAGGCAUUGGACUCUAGAGAUUCCAUGGCCAUGAAUCUUUAUGCUUGUACAUUCAAAUGGCUUAUCAACAAAAUUAACCAAAGAAUCAAAGGAAAUGACAGCUUCUCAUCCAUUGGAGUUCUUGACAUUUUUGGAUUUGAAAACUUUGAUGUAAGUCAUGAAACAGCUCCAUGUGCGUAGCGGGGGUUAAAAGAGCCAAAUGUCUUAAACGGAGAUCAUCUGAGAAGAGCAUUUUCUGUUCAUUUUGAGGGCUAUGGAUCACAGCAGAUGGUGUCUUAUGAUCCCAUUUGGACAUAUUUUGGGGUAAAAAUAAAAAAAAUAAGAGUAUGCUUAUACAUGGGGUCUAUAAUUUUCAAAUUACAUAUUUAUUUUGAUUACUAUCAGGGGUAUAGCGAUAACAUUCUUUGAAGAUUUUUCUUUCUAAAAGGCCCCAGAAGUAAACAAAGUUACCGACUUAUGUCGCAUUCUUUUGUUAACAGGUUAACAGAUUUGAGCAGUUUAAUAUUAACUAUGCCAAUGAGAAACUUCAGCAGUAUUUCAACAAACACAUCUUUUCACUGGAGCAGCUUGAAUACAACAGGUGCAUGUAAUAGUAUGCAUAACUUUUUUUUAUCACGGUAACCGGUCAAGUCGUUUCGAUAGAAAUGAGUUAUGUAAUAUAUCUCCUUACUUAAGAUUUGAUGAGACAAAACAAGCGCGAUAACGAUGUCGGGAUGUUGUUGAGCAGGAUAAAUUUUCGGGCGACUUGGUAGAAACAUUUUGGGCGACGCAACUCCGGUUUCGGGCGGCAUAAUCUUGGGCGAGAUGACUUUCGGGCGACUUGACCGUAAACCCUUAUCACAAUUGGCCCUAACGGAAACUAAUGGAAAUUGCUUCUAGCUUGUUACUGUGGUUCAAUUUGGUAAGAAAUACACUGUACUUCUAACCACUUUGUAUCAGCCACAAAUAGCUGUCAGACACCUCACAUAAGCACUGAUUCGAACCCAGGCUGUAGAAAAGUCCAACAGAUGAAGUAAACACUGCAUGCAGUGUUUUAAAAUAGACAAUAGACGGAUCGAAACGCACCAAUGAUAUUACGAGUUUUCAUAGCCAAUAACAUCACGGCUUAACUGAUAGACGACCAAUAACAUCGCGACGUAAUUGACCAAUCAGGUCAAUAACCAGAGUACAAUACCAUCAACUGACGUGAUACAACUCACUUUGACUCUGAAGAUGACUACCGCACAGGUUUUCGAAACGUCAGUCACUGUCAACAACAUCGGUCCUAUUCAGGACUUCGUUCACUCGGACGAUCAAACUCAAGCUACUUAUGAAAUGACUCCUGUGUUCAAACCUUUCACAGUAUCAUUUUAGUUAAAAAUGAAAUAAAUAAUUCAAUUAGGUGUUUUGUCACAAAACUACCAAACGUAUUUCUUUUUAAAGCUGCACUCACUUUUUGUUAGCUGUUCUCGAACUGUCUACCUUCUGUGAUUGAAUGAAGUGUUGGACCGUUUGAUAUAGUUUUCUGUAUCGCAUUUGGAGUCCAAAAUAACUUUCAAUCAUCAUUUCUAACGUUACUGGGAUUGCGCACAUAUAAUGGGUACGCUUACACAAGCCCUUUCCCCAAAGAUCCCCUCGGGGAAACACCUUGGGUUGACCAAGACCUUUCAUGUUUACGGUUACACACCGAUAAGUUGCCCUAGGGGAAGAAAAAACUUGAGCCCGGUUUCGUGGUAAACGUAUUCGUCAAUGAUGUGAGGUAUAUGAAAUAAUUCAUAUUUAAUUUGCGGUUGUGGAUGAAAGUGAAGAAUGAUCAUCGCAGUAAAUUUUCCAAUUUAAGCAAUUGGAAAGAAGAAGCCUGAAAAAAAAAAUCAGGGCUUCAACGGGAUUCGAACCCGUGACCUCCUCUUUGCCGGUGCGUGUUCGUCAAUAUUGGCAUUGUCGGAAGGCUGACAUUAAUCGCGAACGUUUUCUACUAUUAAAACCUCUACAUCAAUUAAACUUAGCAGGAGUGACUCAGCCCUCAUGAUUCAGAAUCUAAUGUGGCCUCUGUUUUAAAGACCUUGUGAAGUUUCUUGAUGAUCUAAUAUUUUGGCCCCGGGAAGUUCCGUAGAAAAAUUAGACUGUGAAUUUUGUACUUCUUUACCUGUUAGUAACGGAAGAAAAAAAAGGAAGCAGUACAGCGUAGGUCAUUUUGCUUGGAGAGAUGAAAUACAAUCUCUGACUCUUUGUUACUGAAAAUGAGAAAUCAUUUCUUUUACUGACUUUGAAAUCGUCAUUUAUUUAAAAGUGACUAUGAUUUGGAAUAAAGGAAUGAUUCUGGAAUAGAGGCGCUCCCUUGACAGAAGACACUUACACAUUUUUAAACCUGGUUUUCAUACGUUGGGGAAAAAUUUUAUAAGAUCGGGGAUUUCACUUUUUCCCGGUGGUCCUAGAUUUUCCCGAGAUGUCAGUAUAAGUGGCCUAGAGGAUUGGCACCCAGCAAAAACGAUCGCACAUCGAUCCGUGACAUCCCCAAGGUACAAAUUUUAGUCUGCAUAUGUCUGGAAUAACCGAAGGGAAAAUAGAAAUCUUCCCGAUUCUUCCGAUUUAUCGCCCGACCCUCUCAGAUGAUCUAAGAUAUUUGCGAUUUCGAGUUUUCAUUAAUCAGCAAAUUCUUUGACGGUCAGGAAACACUAAAAUCCCCGAUCGUCUGGAUUUUUCCGACUUAUGAAAACCCGGCUUAUGACUGUUUCUUUUUCUCUGUUUGUUUGUGUUUCGCUGUCUUCAGAGAGGGUUUGGAGUGGACGGAUAUUGAUUGGAUGGACAACGGAGAAUGCUUGGAUCUCAUUGAAAAGGUAGCGCAUAGUGUGUAGCAACGUUUUUUUUUUCUGUUCGACUGCAAGAUUUUGAUCUCAGUUUUGCAAACCUCCUCUAGAAAUUAGGGGUACUGGCAUUGAUUGACGAAGAAAGCAAUUUUCCUAAAGGAACAGAUGAAUCCAUGCUGAACAAGCUGCAUUCAAGUCACGAGGUUUGUUAUGAUUCAUUCUUAUACUGCCUGUGUUAUACAUGCCCGAAGUGGCUGCUUUGCAUGUCUCAUUUCGUGUAAUAUUUUGAGUCGUAGAGUCCCUAUUUCCACGCAACAGAGUUUCCCCAGUGGAUUUUUCGAAAUCCUUGAUUUGACUUCAAGAGUUCCGUAAUUCUGAGCUGUUAAAUGUUCCACUUAGUCACACAGCCAGGAUUUCGCGAUGUUUUCUCGUGGAACGAAUUAAGAUUGCAAGUUAAAACUUAGUAAUUCCGUUGCAAACUUCAAAAAGAUCAUUUAGUUACGUCAUUUGAAAUGAUCGCUUAGCUUUUACCAAGUAGGGACAUGGCAUUUGGCGAUUUUAUAAUGCGGGAUUUGAGAAAGGUUGUCUCAAUGGAAUGAAGGUCGAACCAUAUUGGGAUGCUCAAAAAUUUUCUUUGUUAUGCUGGUUGUUCAUUGCAAAUGAGUAUUGUACUGAUUCCGGUUUACUAUUUUGCGGCACGGAAUUAUCCCACGGGCGAAAAAACAGUGUCUGCAAAUGUUACACAAAUUUGCCCAAAAGAGGUUUUUUUGGUACCUACUAUACUACUUUCUAGUAGUGUUGAACAAAAACUGGCUUUCCAUAAAGUUGUACAAUAUUUGAUACGGUCAACAUGUCUUCAGGGACCUAGACGUGUUUAAAAAGGUUAACGUUUAUCUUUUUUGACAGGGUAACACAUUUUACAUCAAACCACGUGUUGCAAACACAAAAUUUGGAAUCAAGCAUUAUGCUGGCGAGGUAAGGGAAUCUUUUGCGAUCUUUGCUGUCUUGUUUGCACGUAGGAUUUGUCCUUUCAAACUCUGGUCGCUUAUUUUUUGAUAACUUGUUUUAUAAUUCUCUAGGUCUUUUACAGCACCAAGGGUUUUCUGGAAAAGAACAGGUAAUGUUUUCGUUUGCAAUCUUCAUGAAAAAAUGAUGAUGACUAUAAUGUGGUGAUUGAAAGCAAAGUUGUUAAUGGUCGUAAUAGAGGGGACGGUUAUGCUGACUUUGGGAGAAAUGUUGGUAAUGGUCGUGGUAGAGGUAACGAUGAUGGUGACAAUGAUGGAGCAGUGUUGGUAAUAGUCGGUUUGGCGAUGAUGAUCAUGGCGAUAGUCUUCGCAGCAGUGUUGGUAAUAGUCGUGAUGGAGAUGACACUGAAUGUGACAAUGACGGGAGUAGUGUUGGUAAUGUAAUGGUUGUUAUGGAGAUGACCUUGAUGGUAACAUUGAUGGUAGCAGUGUUGGUCACGGUCGUGGUAAAGAUGACGAUCAUGGCGACUGUGAUGUCAUCAGUGUUGGUAAUGGCCGUGAUGGAGAUGACACUGAAGGUUGCAAUGACGGGAGCAGUGUUGGUAAUGGUUGCUGUGGAUAUGACGCUGAUGGUGACAGUGAUGGUAGCAAUGCUGGGAAUAGUGGUGAUAAUAAUGAGGCUCAUGGUGACAGUGAUGGUUGUCAGGUGGUGAUUGUGAUGAUAGUGGUUAAGAAUUUUUUUUGAUCGCUAAGAUGGUGAUGAAUGAUGCUGACUUUGAAGAUGAUGAAAACUGUAACAGUGAUAUUUAAAGUGAUGGUGAUGUCAUAACACAUCACCAAAAGACAUUAUGGAAAUGAAAUACUAAAUUAUAGAAACGGACGAUUCUUAUGGCACCAGUAACGUUUUGCUGGUAUAAACGUUCCCCAAAUUAAUCCCUUUUACUGUUUUUUUCAUUUAGAGAUUCCUUCCGUGAUGAGAUUCUCAAUGUACUGAUGGAAAGCAGGUAAGCGUUUUUGUUAAAAGUGAUUUGUCUCAAAUUUAACAUUCUUAUUGGAAUGUCACCAGUCACUGGGAUAAUAGGAAUACAAGGAAUACUAUUUCCUCAAACACGGAUACAAUCAAUCUUCUGUUAUUAUCUUUAGGUCAGAUUUCAUUUAUGACAUAGUUGAACAUAUGAAACCGUCAGCGCCAGCUGCAGGAACAAAAAAAUCCUCGAGAAAACGACCUACUGUUAGCUCACAGUUCAAGGUGAGUCUGCAUUUUUUUAUUUUCUUCUGCUACUUGCGAGUUCUUCAUGAUCUACUUGCUAUUGUAGACUUUGUCCCUUUUCAUCAUUGUCCAUCCUGACUCCGCGUUGGUUUGCUCAUACCAGUGACGUGGAUCCUAGAGAAAGAAUUGUUUUAUUGUCAGCAAAACAGUGGAGCAUUUUGGUGCUAUACAGCGCUGGCCCAAAUCAAGGAAUGGUAGAGAAACCGCCUUAAUAAAUAAGUCCUGGAACACUUUUUGAAGCUACUGUUUCAGUAUCUGUUAAAAGGAACACUAUUCUUUGAAUUUGCUAGCUGCCUUACCCUUGUCAAAACCUCCAUGAUAGACAUACACAUAAUUGCAAUAACUUUGUCAUAGAAAAAACUUAAAGGAACAACGAAAAAUGUAGAAAGGCAAAUAGGAAUUAAUUUCGCUUACAAGUUAACCACUCUAGGUUGAAUUCAUUUGCAACAUACGCAUAUAGCCGUCACAUUUGCAAUUGCCAAAUUCCGCUCGUGCUGCAGUUGAACGUUUAUUAGUAAGUCUAAUCAAUUCCUAUUUGGCUUUUUUCCCUCUUUUCCUCUUUCUUUUUAGCAUUUUUUCUAAGACAAUUGUAAGAAAAAGGAUGGCGACUGGUUCAUUUACCCACAGUUCUUAGCGCAUGAAAGCCAUAAAAUUGCUCAUAAAAACGUACAGAAAAGCUUUAUAAACUUCAAACCUAGGAUAGGCAAUGUUGCUAUUACAGGGACGAAUUUUGCCCCCCCAAAUAUUUUGUGUAAUUGGCCGUGUUUUUUUCGAAAGACUAAAAUGUACAUUCCAGAUUCGCCACUUUAGAAAAAGAAGGGAGUUGGGUCGAGUUCACUUACGCAAAGACUUCUGGGACUGUUGCUAGGGACACGGCGCGUCCCUAGUAACGAUCCCGGAAACAAUUGCGCUACACAUUUUGGUUCCACCGCCCUUCUCUUGUCUAAAGUGGCGAAUUAGGUGUAAACGUUUUUCAUGUAUGUACGAAUUAUGUCAUAGUGUACAAUGUGUUGUGGCCAAUUCUUGUUCUCUUCUCUGUUUCUUUCCUUUCAGACAUCCCUGGCAUCUCUAAUGACAACACUGGGACAGUCUCAUCCCUAUUUUGUUCGCUGUGUUAAACCUAACGAGAAAAAGGUAUGUCCAGCAGUCAGUGCGUUUUUUAGUUUAGCUCCUUGACUAAAAGUAUGAAUGAGCGUGCCGCGCUGGGUACGAAAAUGACCGUUAUGACUGUUGUUACUCUGAGAGAAAAUGUUUUUUUAGUUACGAGAGUAAGGAAGUGAAAUUUUGUGCCGUGUUUCGUAUUGAUUUAGAUAGUAUCAGUGCUUUACAUUUCUCUGUAGUUGACACGUUCAAAGGAAAAAAGAGCGUUUACGGUAUAUCAAUUUUUCUUCCAGCUUCCUCAGUCCUUCAACCCGAAGGUAGUCCUCAGCCAGCUCAGAUAUUCAGGAAUGUUGGAAACGGUCAGGAUUCGUCGUGCAGGUUUUCCUGUCAGACGACCACAACACAAAAAAAAAACUUCUUGUUUCAGGUCAAAACAACUUUUUUUUCCGGCGUGUUUUUUCAUUUCUUUGACGUCCACUGCACGAUUACGACGUUAAUAAUGGAGGACGUGGACAAUUUUUCCCUUUAUCUUUUUGAGCCUGAAUAAAAUCGCACUUAGCAUUUGUCCCAAAAGUCAUUAAGUUUGAAAAAAUGCAAAUUUCUUUUUUACCGACGUUUUCACUGCCGCCGCCGUCGUCGUCGUCCUUGCUCAAGGUCCCUAAUAAUAGGAAAUUACGGCCCGCUCUAGACAUCGCAUGUCCCUAAGUCAAUAAGCUAUUAAAAUGGAUUUCUAUUUGAUUAGUUUCUGCACAAGUACAAUUUAGGCAUAGAUCUGUCGUUAAAAGAAAGAUUUAAAAAAAGAUGCAUCAAUAAUUGGGUUUAGUGAACGUAUUUGAGAACGUUUCUGUAACCUUGUUCAUCCUGCAGGUACAAGGUGCUGUUCCGUGGCAAAACACUUUCGGGAGACAACAGCGAUUGUACACUGAUACUCCAAGAAUUCGAUUCUGAGAAAAAGUCCUUUAAACUUGGAAAAACAAAGGUAUUUUUUCUGGAACCUGCGUAGCAGUGGUUUUUUUUAUGUGCUUUUCGUUUGUGGGUCGGUGAAGUUAAAGAUAUGGCCGCCAACCGAGGUCAAACGACAAAACGAGAGGGGAGGGUGCAAAGGGCCUUCUUCCUCACUCCUCUCUCCCUCGUUUUCUCGUUUGACCUCGGCGCAGCUUUUGUGCGGCUCUAACUCUUACCAUACGAACCACAAACGAAAAACAUACUCAUAAAAAACCAAGUGCUACGCAGGCUAUUAGCGCUGUCGUUGUCGUUUUCACUAAUUUGCACACAUUUAUCACAGUUGUAGGUAUUUAUUCCGCCAGUACUUUCAGUUGCAAGCUAGUUAACGACGAUUUUAGCGCAACAUAGCGUUGCAGCAUUGUUUCGAAUAGUUACAACAAUGUUCCAACAUUGCGGCGCUGUGUUGUGCUAAAAAACGUCGUUGGGAAUCGUCCCGUGGAACAUCACCUUCAGAAGUGAAGCUAAGCUACUCUGGGUACCAGAAGUCUUUUCUCGCGUGCGGCGAUUGAGUGCGAUGAAGAUGCUUCUGGGUUGGCCCCAAGCCGAAGAGGCCGCGAGAAAAAGCUUUUCGGGCGGAUCACAAAAAAGACGUGUACCGAAACCGAAAACCCGCGCAUGAAAAGUCUCUGGCACUCAGGGUAAAGCUAAUCAGGCGUAGAAAAAAAAGAGGGAAACUUGCCUAAAUUUGCCCUUUUUGUUACGAAUAUGCAGUCUUCUAAGAGAUUUUGCUUUCAAGUAAAUUUCAAAAUAAUCACAAUGGUUCACUUUUCAUUUCUCCCCUUUACAACAGGUUUUUAUGAAAGACAAAUUAGAAUACGUUGUUGAACGCAAAAGGAACGCUGAGCUCGAAGCUGUUGCAAUGCUGAUCAAGAAGAGGAUCAUGGGAUACCUACAACGGAAAAAGUAUUUGAAGAUUCGCAAUGACAUUAUUACAAUUCAAAAGAACUACAAGGUACUUACACACAUGCUGUUAUUUUUUAGCGUAUUUUUUAUUUUUUUUUCCCUUACUCUGUGCUUUGACUAUCAGGGACUUAUUUAUUUAUAGUCUCCAUCAAUCAGUGUAUAAUUUCUUUUUAGGCACAUUACUAUUACAGACAAUACCUGAAGAAACGCUCGGCAGCGAUUAUUAUUCAGAAGGUUAGUCAUUGUUGUGCUGAGUACGUAUACAACUAUUUCGAGAAAGGUUGUCGGAGAAAAAUGUGCACGCGACAAUCCCGAAAGGUAAUAUGGGAUAUGAUCAAUACACUGUUCCUGACACUGUAGCUGUCGAACUUAGUUUUGUUGCUUUCCUUUAGCACUUUCAAACAUAAGUCCAUGGCCUCUCCCGCCAUUUUUUCAAAUUUCUUUGAAGAACAGUGAACUCAAAACCACCCACAAUACCUUUGGGGAUUGUCGCGUGCACUUUUUCCGACAACCAUUCUCGAAAGAGCUGUAUCUAAGAACAAAAAACUUGGAGGGCCGGUUAUUUAAACGGAGUUUAAUCGGUGUUUAACAAAACCGCGUUCUACUUAAUUUUCAGUUUGCCCAACGCUUUUAUCUAAGCACCAUUUGUCGCGAAGAGUUUCGUGAAAGCAUAUAGUGUAGACUAGAAAAGCAUUUAUCUCCACUAAAGAAGAGAUCUGGAGAUCCAAAGAUUUCUUAAACCGCGGUCUUAGUUAGACCUCGUUUAAAUAAGCGACCCGUAGAGUUUCGACUUUCAAGGAUUACCCAAAUAAUCGUAAGCAUGGUACCGCGAAAGCGCGUGCCACUUUCUAUCUAGCUUCUUUCUAUUUCUUCUGAACAGUAUGUUUGUCUAUGCCCUGCUGCGAUCUUCCACCUUAAAUAUCUUAAACGUUCUUUAGUUCGAGAGGGGUAGAACUGCAAGAGCACUUCUCAAACGACUGCUGGAAGAGAAACGAAUUGAAGAGGAACGAAUACGAAGGGAACGCGAGGAAGAAGAAAGGAGAAAAGAGGAAGAAAGAAGAAGGUACAGGAAUACUACCACGAAAUGAUUUAGAAGCGGCGUAAAUGUUAACAAUCAGAGAAUAGCCAGGAAGGGGUAAAAAUUAGCAGGUUGAUUGAAUAAGACACAAAGGCUUUAUUGCUCUAAAUCUGCUCUACUGCACUUUAGGAUGUAAUCCAGGUUUAAGCAGUAAGGCAUAUUUUGCAUUUCUGCCUUGUUGCUUUUUCUGUUACUUUUGAAUCUGGUCUCAUGUCAAAGCAUUUGGAGCCAAGAUGUUUUUAUACGGUUUUGAAAAAUUUAUGACUUCUUUUUUGAGGCAUGCAAUGUGGUUCCGUGCUUUAGCUAGUAUGCCUUUGACACACAUCAUACCGUGGCGUGUUAGCAAUAUGUACAACACUUGCAAUAGGGUGAUACAGUUUAUUUUGGUGUUGUGUUUUAUAUCGUGGUUUAUCAUUUAUCCAUUGCGUAAAGCGAAGCCGCACUGUCCAUAUUCAUGAAGAACCCGAACUAUUUACCAGUGAUUUCAUUACGAUCCCAUUUCUCUUUCAUUUGCAUUUAGAUCUAGCAUAUAUAACUUCGUUUGGUUCUUGUGUCCCAAUUUAAGAUAUUUUCCUAAGGGUCGUCAGUUACUAGUCGGACUAAUGUGUCGUCUUGUUACAGAGAAAUGGAGAGACUGGAGCAGGAAAGAAAGAUGAAGGAGCUCGAGGAAUUGCGCCGUAAGGUAUGGACCUGAAGUCAAAUUGUCCGAAAACCUUCAUGACAAACCAGAAGGUUUCUAUUGCUAACCCGGAUAAGGAGGAACUUGGAAGGCUUGCUUUAUCUUUUGUUAUAAAGUUUGUUGCUUCUAAAACAAGUUUUGCACAGGUGUCGAAGGGAGCGGAUCUUACUUUCUUUCAUGUAAAUACACAUUUUUUAUCUGUCGCAUUGUAUGUUAUUAGUUUUAAUACUAGUUCUUUUAUAUUACAUGUUACUGUGUCACACUGUGGGUCUUAAGUCUGAUGCUAAAAGUUCUUGAUAACAGGCUGAGGAAGAAGCUCGUAUAAAGAGAGAAGAAGAAGAGGAAAGACUAAGAAAAGAAGAAGAACAGAGACAAGCGGUGCUGGCGAAGGCUCGAGCACUUGAAGAAGCCAGACGACUAGAGGAAGCCAAGAAAAAAGCAGAAGAAGAGGCUCGCAGAAAGGUAAAAACCUGUCCAUCCAUAUAGAUUGCCAUUUAGUUUAAGAGUUAUGGUUUCUAUUCGAAGCAAUAUUUAGUUUGUGGUCUUUUUUGCUCGUCGAGACCUCGCGUUGAGAGUGUUGUUCAAGUUUACUUUUACUCCAGAUGUGACUAGACUUACCCAACUCAAGACUUGCCUUGACGUUCACAGUUCACAGUGUCGCAUCAGACUUUGUUUUCUGUCAGUCCAGACGUGCGUUGCACAUAUUGUUCAGUUUGAGGUUUUGGUGUGUGCCGUGCCUGAACAACAAAACCUUAGUUUCUUUUACCUAUUCUUUCUCCUAAAUGUGCAGUCGCUCAACAUUUAGACGUUAAUAUAAGGUGUUGUUUGUUUAAAGGAGGAAGAAGAGAGGAAACGCCGCGAGGAGGAGGAAGCAAGGUAAAACUUCAGUGCCGGAUUGAGUACUGUAUAAGCACAUUCGUUCUCGUGAUAACUGUCGUCAGGUUCGGGAACUUUGUCAUUGAAUAACGCCUUUGAGAUGAUUCAGAAAACCUUUUCAGAAACCGUUAUUCAGGUUAAAUUAAGUUUGAAGGGCAUGCAUAACCUUAAGUCUUAAAAUAGUGUAGGGUGAUCAUUUGUUGUAAUCUUCCACCUCGCUGUCAAUAAGGGUGGUGUCGGUAAAUAACAUUCAACUCGAUGGCGAGAUCUUGAGGACACAGAAAAAAAAAACGAAAACGACGUCCUGGCGACGAAGUCAAAUUUUUAUAGAUAAAAAGGAACCCUGUGAAAAGUUGUAUUUUUAGCAGAACUGCAACGAAGUCUUGAAGGAAGAAAUAUGUUAUACUUCAAUUACGUUUCGGUUGCUGGAGAUCGCAUACCAUUAAAUAAUAUUCAAUGUUGUUAAACAAACAGAAAGAAGGCAGAAGAAGAAGAAAGACUACGGAAGGAGGCUGAAGCUGAAGCAGCUGCACAAAUUGCUGAAUUGGACAGACAGCUUAAGGUACAGCAGAUAUGACAGCCUGUUUAGUGAUAAGGCAAGGAUAAAGUCCCCCAUUUUUCUGCAAUAUCCUACUCAUGUGAAGGCCGAUUUACACGGUACGAGUUUUGCUUACGACUAUCGUGCGUGACUAGCAUACGUCAUGACUUUCGACCAUCCACACGCGCACAAUUUUUUCAUACGACAUCCACAUGUGUCGUACGGUUGUCGUGGGUCUUAUUUACACGACACGAUCUGUCGCGAAGUCAUGACGUAUACUAGUCGGGCUCGAUAGUCAUAAGCAAAAAUCGUGCCGUCUAAAUUGGAUAUCUUUCUUUUCUUAAUUUAACACAACAGUGCGGUGUAGUGAUAGCUUACUACAGUUGCCGUUUGAUUAAAAUGUUUUGAGCUUGUGUAGUUGACUUACAUGAACUUAUCGUUUUUAGCUGGAAGAUAGCGACGAAGAAGAGGAAGACACCGAAGAGGCCUGGGACAGACCGCCCAGUCUCUACGAUACUCAAGAUCUACCGCUCAGGGAGGGGUACCUCAUGAUGAGAGGUCAGUGUUAUGAGGAUAAAUAUUCGCUGUCAUUUUGCUAUUUUGUUCCCUUUCUUCUUCGUAGGGUUGAAGUUUGUUGAGUUGUUGUGUUUAUUAUUAUAAUUAUUUUUUUGCGCAUUUUAGGUGGGUUAUUAAGUUUAUGGAAAAAACAUUGGUGUGUUUUACGAGAUGACACAUUCAUGUGGUUCAGAGGAAAACAGGUGUGUUUUGGACUUGUUUUGGUAAAAUAACACUAAAAAUAGAUCAUUUAUCAUGCUGCAGAUCUUAAAAACCCAGCCGAGAAAGUCUUUAUUUCUCGAAAUUGCUCUUCUACUCCUUUGUUACUAGUUUUAAGAGAUGUACAUUUUUGCAAACCGAAAAUGCCGUUAUUAGUAUACACAGCUUUUAAUAGAGGGUUUUGAAGUUAACUUGAUCUAAGACACCUUUUUAAAUAACACAGGACGCUCUUAAAUGUGGCUGGUUGAUGAAGAAAGGCGGAGGAACAACAACUCUUUCAAGGUAGGAUCAAAUAUGCAGUCUUUGUCAGUAAUUACAGACGCGAUAUGGGGGUAAAGAGAAAGAACUAGGUUUGAAGUAUUAUUGCGAACAAGGUUGGUCCACAGCCAAUGUUGGCUGGGGCAUUAUAGUGGAGUCUCUGCACCUGUCCAAUACCAACAUUUCUUUUGGUCCCGAGAUACUACACUUCGUGCAAUUCUUUCCUUUGUAACGACGACACCUGUCACGGUCACCUGACACCUGUCACGGUCGCUUUGGUGCCAAGUUAACCGUUAAAGUCCCAAGCGUGACCACAGUCAAUGGCCUCCUAAAAAUAUAAAAUACAUCAUGAUGGGUAAAAGGCUAAGAGAAUUAAAGGGAACCUCCACUUCAACAAAAAGAUAACUUUAAAUCACGGGAAAUAACUGUUACAGUCAAGUCAAUCUAAAAUAUUUUUAAAGAAAGCGUUUGUAUCCGAAAGAAAUAACUUUUAGAUUCGCCUAUUUUUGUUUUCAAAUUUUGCGGGCGUCGCCAUCUUGAAUAAUUGUGAAGUGUUACGGUUACCCUAUUGUUAUUAAACAAAAGCUCUUUGUGUCAGAACAAUAGAGCAACCGUAACACGUCACAAUUAUUCAAGAUGGCGGCGCCCGCGAAAUUUGAAAGUGGAAAUAAGCGAUUUUAAAAUUCACUUUUCCAGAUAUAAACACUUUUUUUAAGGACAAAUUUCGAACAAAUUUGUUUAUCAACAUCAUUUUAUUCGAUUUAAACUUAUUCUGUAGUAAGAGUGGAGGUUCCCUUUAAGGGCCUCUUUACAUGGAGGUAGGGGCCCCAGGAAGGUGAUGUAACCCGCCUGUCCAUACAAUCUCUCAUUUCAAUUUGUUCGCGUUUACGUGAUAGGUGGGGUGACCAUAUGAGAGAUUAUAUGGACAGGCGGAUUACCUCACCUAAACGGGUUACCUCACCUACCUGGGGUCCCCCACCUCCUUGGAAACAGGCCCUAAUAUAGAAUUCUAUCCACUAGUUCUUUAGAGAACUGUGCCGCGGUCUGUUUGUAGUUUUUCAGGCGGGGUUUGACACAAAUUAAUUGGACGAUCGGUUGUUCAUAACAGCACUUUCUUCUUGAAUUGCUUCCUUAUCUAUAUGGUUAUUGUCAUCUUUAUCUCCAUCUUGCUAUGAACAUUUUUUCUUUCAGACGAAAUUGGAAACGCCGAUGGUUUGUUCUGAAAGACAACGUUUUGACUUACCACGAGACAGACAUGGAUGGAGCCAAAUCACUUGGAACCAUUGAUAUCAGAAAUGCAGUGUAAGUAAAGAGAGAACAUAAAAUCUACAGUCUCGCUCUACUGAUUUGCGUUCUCCUGAGAACAUUUUUUCCUGAUUUCCACCGUCGGUAUUGUUUUACAUUAUCUUUGGCUAAAUAUUUCAUAAUAAACGCACUUCUUGGAAAACAAAUAUAUUGACAUAACAUUCCUCUGCUAAGCGUAUGCUUCGAAUUUUAUUAGGUGUUACCAAAAUUUUUUAUUUAUGUUCUAAUGUCUCAGGGUGAGACACACAUUGAUGAAACGAUGCUUCUGGAGCCUACAUAAGUGACAUAAUUUAGCAUUUUGGAAUAUUUUUCAGCCUUGGUUAGCAGAUUUUUCUACCGCCAUUUUGAUUGUAAGAUUGCUUUGCUUUACAGUCUUUCUAUACCCAGCUGCGUAAAUGUGUGUUGGUGACAUAAUACGGGAGGUAACCCUGCUUAGUUCUAACAACCUGGCAGAGGAGAAGGUGUCAGAUUAUAGCUGUUAUUGAAGUUGAGAAUGUUGUCAAACCGACAUUUUUCUUGUUUAAAAGACAUGCAGACUGAUAACUGUUGUAACCUGUAUGUACCUUUUUAUAGACGCAUUGUCGACGAUGGCGUUAAAGAAAACGGAUUCAGUAUUAUCACAGAGAACAGGACCUACCACAUAAUUGCAGAAAACACAAACGACUGGAAGUGAGUAGCGCUGCUGUUGAACCUCUCCACAACGGUCACCUUUGGUACAGAAAGAAGUGGCCGCUGUAAGGGUGUGGCCGUUGUAGAGAGGUGUAAAUGAGAGUCAAUGUAUGGACUGUCCGCCAAAAAACGUGGCCGUUGUAGAGAGGUGGCCGUUAGGGGAGGUUCGGCUGUACUUAAGUUUGAAAAUUACCGGUACACAUUCCCAUCGGCUUUGUAAGGUUAUCAGAAAUUGGUUUUUUUUUUUUUUUUUUCGGGGUUCGUUGUUUCUGACGAGCGCUGUAAGAAGUUACAAUUUUUCGUAGGACUUAAUUGGAGAGGGAUCUUCAUGAAUUGAAAAAUGUCUCAUUGCAAAAGUUGAACCCCGAUGAAACGAAGUGCAAGAGGGGUGGAAAAUCGUUUGCUGUAACAGGAGUCAUUGUUUUAAAUUCUGAAAGCAAUGAGCGACACUUGAAAACUACAGUUGCAAAAGUUUUAUUAAAUUGACCCCUAGUAUUUCAUAUAUCGGGAUCGUGUUCCAUACAUUUACUUCAAUUGGAAAGCGAUGGAGGAGGGGGCGGGGGGUUUAAAAGGGUGUAGCGAUCAUAUCGUAGUUCCUAUACCCCAGGCAUACCCCAGGCACUUCACUCUGCUUCGCCCGAAGAACAGGGAAUUUUGCAAUUUGGUUAACAAAUUGAAGGGCGAGAAAUUUGAACCUGUUGUUGUGGUAGAAGUGUAAGGUCGCACCAUAUAUGUUGAUGAAACAAGGAAAGAGCGAAACAAUUAUUUGUUUUUGUGUAAGCCUCAAAUUUAUCAUCUAGCUUCAAUUUCUUGUUUUAUUUUUAGAGUUCUGUUGGUACUCACUACUGUUUGCGACUAGGACAAUCAUUUUUGUCUUGAUAAGCCUAAGAUAACUUGUUUCUUACGGUGCAUUUUUGUGCAAUUUACCUUUUCUUCAGCCAAUGGUUCAACAUUCUGAAUCGAGUGCACAGAGCAAAUGACGAAGAACUGAAGGGAAUGCGCGAGGAAUCUGCGAACGUCAAACAUGCAGCGGUAAGAUCUUAGUGUUUUACAAGCGCAAUCUGGCUAAGUUUGUGGAUCAUUGAACACGCAUUAGUAAGUCUCUUUUUAACUUCUCCUUUUUCUGUGCUUAGGGAACCAUCGAUGUGGCCAUGAUCGAGUCCUGCACUCCUGGAGGAGUAGCGAACAAGUAAGACAUUAGCCUGCGUAGCAAGCGUUUCCAAUCGUGUUUUUUUUGCUCUUGUCCCAGCUUUCUAGACGAACCUCGCGAGGAAACGCUUGCUACGCAGGCUAGCAAGACAUUGGUCAUUAUCCAGAAAGCUUGUUUCACGAUAAAAAGGCUUUAGGCGACAAAUUUCGCGAGUUAUAUCAUAGUCGAGGCCCAAAGGAGAAAAUGCUGUAUGCUUUAAGACGUUCGUUUUUCGGACAAAUUAUGUUUACAUGUAUUCUGAAUCUAACUUUCUUCUUACAGUGUAAGCAGAUUUACCUUGAUACGAGUGUCAAAUUUUUUUUCUAAUUAUUCUCCUCGCUGCCUGUAUCGUACAAACGUUCGCCUAAAUUGCCGAUCCCUUUCUUUACAGACCCAACUCCUUCACGCUCAUCACAGCAAAUCGUGUUAUGAACUUCAUAGCAGACUCUCCUGAAGACGUCAAUGGCUGGGUUGAAGGUAUGGAGUUACAUGUAUUGAGGUUUAGCGAAACCUGCAGUGUUGCACCAGUUUCGCUACUUGUCAAGCUCGCUUUGUCGAGUUCGCACCUACAUUCUAGGCCCGCUCUGCCUAUCGGCAAAGUCCAAAGUUUGUACCUUCAGAGGGCCAAGCUUAAAGGAAGCGGAAAUAUAUUUACAUUUUUUUUUCUUGUGGCAAUUAAGGAUUUAUUUUCAAUGGUUUACAGAAAGUAACGUGUAGCGAACGUGAUGCCAACUAAGAAGUAGCGAACGGCGACAAGCUGCGAAACCGGUUGUUUCCAUGGAAUAAGAUCCUUUUUAGGUGGUGUAAUACUGCCUCCAGUUCUGCGGAGAACAGAGUUUUGAUUGGGAGCAUGUUCGCUGUAUCAAGGAUUAACUGGGGAGAAAUUUGUUAAAAGAAGCCGUUAAAUGAAAUGGAACAAUCGCAUAUUUAGAAAAGAAGCCCAGAAAUAUAGGACGUGGAACUCACACUCCGCUAGACUAAGAAUGCGUUUAACGUUCAGUACGAUCAUUCGGAUAAAAUGCCGUGAUUCACCUUUUCAGUCGGACAAACGUUGUGUUGACUUUUAAGUACUACACAAAUCUUCGGCUACAAUUGUUAGUUUUUGGCAUGUGAUCUAUCCGGUCAUCAUGUUGGAACACGCCCUUGGGCCGAUUUUAGUCAGACAUUAGGGAGCUUAAGCAACGCGGACGGUGGCAAAAGCGGCUCUUAAAAAGUGAAUUCACGCUGUUUCGAAAUUCAUUGCUCUUAUUUCAUGUCGUGCAACUUAUCAAAUGUUGUUGAAUUUUUUUGACGUUGAAUUCUGAAGCUUAAAGACUGUAUCUAAUUAAAAAAAAAAAAAGAAAUUAAAGAACCGUCGUCUUGUUCCCACGUCCCAACAAAACGUGAAAUUAGGCAGUCUCACGUCGUGGUUAGUCGUGCAACGACGGUCAAAAAUGUACAAAAAAGCGUGAUGUGCGUGCAAAGUUGUUGUUUGCUAAUCUAAGACAAACUUGCACGAAUCCACCUUUCGUUUUUACGGGACCCGCGGAAUCGUGCAAGUUUUUUUUAUCGGCAAACAGUCCGAGAAUCUGUGACAGAGUUUGUAUGGUUCGGUGUAAACUGUUUGCACAAGUUAAAAAAUUCGUCCGUUCAAAGAUUUGUCCGCAACCCUGUAAACGGCGUCUAAACCUUUUGCAUUUUUGACGUCCUCGCUGCCGUCGUCGUCGUCGUCUUUGCUUAAACUCCCUUUGUCGGAUGACCGACUGUUGUUUGCAGAUCUUCUCACCUGCCGAAUUUUUUGCGUUUGUUUUACAGCUAUACAGACAAGCAAAGAACAUGAAGUUGAUGAAGGUUUUGCUGAUGUUAUUGAAAAGGGUUGGCUUAUCAAAGAGGGUGCUAAUGACGACUCCAGACGAAAGAGGCAAGUCGUAAACUUCCGUCAUAUCAACCCUGUGAUUACGCCACAGAAACAAAACAUCUUGUCGUCACAACCAUGUUUACGUACUCUCCUGCAAACACGCCUAUUGGCCAAUCAGAGCUUGCGUACUAUGUUAGAUAUUUCAUACAGAGAGGUAACACAAUUGUUGGUAAACCAGCAGUUUUCAUUGUGGCCCACAAGGGUAAGAAUCCCAACUGGCCGGCGGCAAACCAGUUUGCUAUUUACAAGUGUGACCGCGAGGAGUUAAACUCGGGACUACCAAGACCAAAUCCAGUAAGCGUGGUAGCGAACUCGGAGCGUUCGGAUUACAACUCCAGCGCUCUAACCGCUUGUUCACGCUGCGUCUAAAUAAAACUCACUUGUCGAAGAAUUUCAGGGAGCUCGUGUUGGCCAUGUUGAUCAUGUUAUACUUUCCUGUGGAGGAUUUUGCCAAACAUUCCCCCUUCACUGGUGAUAAGAGCCAGUCACUUAAAAAAUGUUAAGCUUUCGACCUGUAUUCUCCUCAGCUAUUAACUUCAUUUUUUGUUCCCAGUUUUAAAGUGUAUUUUUGUCCAGUUUGAAUUAUAAUUUUCUAUUUUAUCACUUACUUUACACCAUCUCCAGCUUGACUCCUUGAAUUUCUCGUCCCGCAGCCAUUUCAAUUUUGCAGCACUUACAGUAGUCUGCUACACAGCCGUUUUUAGUGUCGUCACGCAACGCUCCUCCCCACUAGUGAGGAGGAGCGUUGCGUGACGACACUAAAAACGGCUGUGUAGCAGACUACACGUGCUGUAGUUAAAUUGCAUUUUCCUCUAUUUGGUUGACAGAUGGUGUGUUUUGACCGGAAACUCGCUUGAUUACUACAAGUCAUAUGUAAAGAACAGCCCCAAAUUUGGCUCCAUUGUCUUGAAUAGCCUCUGUUCUGUUGUAUCACCGGAAGAAAGGGAACCUGGUAAGAGCAAUAUCCUUCCUUUCCUCGUAAUUCAUAUUACUACUUCCAGAGCUGUGGCUAAAAUGUCCAAGUAUCACUAACCUUCUGUUCGCUUAAGUGGCCACAGAGUCACUAUUAAAAAGGGCUUAAGGCUCGACAUGGUCUUAAGGUCUCCAUUUUCCCGUUGUUAUAGUCUUCAUUUCUUGAACUUUCUGUAAACUCACGUACUUGCCUGGUUUUUUAGGUGACUGGACGUUUAUUGUGAAUGGGAGAAAACGAUCAUACGUUCUCCAUGCAAAGCUUCAAGAGGAGGCAAUUCGCUGGGCUAAUGCCAUCCAGGAGGUGUGUGUGACUGUGCAAAAAAGAAUUAUGUGUUUGAGCUUAGAUGUGUAGUACUUUGGUCCAGGAUGUGUUAGACCCUUUACGAGUGAUCAGGAUUUUAUUGGUCCAAGGUAAAACACGUGGUAAUGAGAAUAAUGAAUUAGACCCUUUCAGCUUCUCCCCAAUAUUUCUAUAGACAAUGUAUAGGGACAAAUGAGAAUUAAAUUUUGGCGUUAGGGUUUAAAGGAUUAUAAGUAAAAGUUAGAGAGAGAAGCGCGUUUUGACAGGGUAGAGGUAUACUGCACGCGGUCAUUUCGUGUAUCAUUGAGUUUUAUCACUGCUUGGGAAUUUUUUAAAGACUUGUAAGGAGUGCGAAUGCAUUUAGAACUGUUUUCAUGUCUUUGAAAAUUUCGCAUAGCUGGUUAAUUUUGAUGGUUGGCAUUUUGGCUUCGGCGUUUGUUACCAGUGACUCGAGCUUAGUCUUUCUUUUAAAGUGUUUUAUUCUUCUAAGCUAUUUAUUUGCCAUGAGGUCGACUUUUGAUCCUAAUACUAAAUAUUUGUCUUUUUCAGGUGAUCGACUCUAAACCACCGGUAGAAACUCCAUUUGAGAAAUUGGUAGCGGAGUUAAAGGUAAAGAAUAUUCACCUUUUUCACAUAGACCAUAACGCACGUUGUCUACCUCCCAAAAUUUUGCAUAACCAUUGUUUCCAAUUUCUCCUGGAUAUUACAUUCAUUCCAAGAGAAAAUCGAAGACAACGGAUUGGCAAAAUUUUGGGGGAUAAACAGGGUGCAUUGUGGUCUUUGUGAAAAUAGUGAAUUCUCAUUUUCAGCCUCUGUUAGGGGGAACUUGUAUGGCAAGAGUUGUGGUCAUCAUUUGUGGCUUAAUAAACCAGUAGGUUUUUGGAUUUAAUGACAGUAAUAUAAUCUUAAGAGAAAACUUUACCACUGAUCUUUUUUUUUGCAUUUACAGAACACCACGACAGAAAAUGAGACGGACCAGGUGUAUCGUACCAAUCCAGUGUUGAAGUACUCCAAGAUACCACUCAAGGCUCCUCUCCUACCCCUCCCUUACGGACAAUCACAGUCAUCACGUGAGUUAAUCAAUCAAGGUUGAGGCCAUGUUCGCAUGAGCUAAUUAAAGUUUCCAAAGCCAUACAAACUUACGCCUUUAAGUUUUUACUGAAUGAGGUGUCCAAGGAAAGAAGGAAAGCAAUAAAUUCUUCGAGCCCACGAAGAAAAAUUUCCACGUGUAAGAAUUUAUGACAGUAAAUCUUAGCGAUCUGUUAACAUUCGUGGGUAGUAGAAUGCACUUUUACCAUAGAUUUUGCCAUGUUACCCGCUCAGGGACUUUUUGUGGGAAACAUUUUUAUUGUAGAUGUCAUGUAACCACGAAGUA